AUGCAACGCGUUGUGAUUAUCGGAGGAGGCCCUGUCGGGCUGGUUUCUUCAAUUUUGUUAUCUCUCCAAAAUAUACCCCACCUUCUUUUUGAACGCCACCCGUCCACUUCGAUCCAUCCUAAGGCUUGUGGCUUGAACCAACGCACCAUUGAAAUCUUCCGACACAUCGGUAUCGAGCCAGACGUUUUGAAACAGGCUGCUCCAAGGGAAACUUACAGUCGCACUGCAUGGUAUACCAGUUUGGGACCGGAUGGGAGGGAAAUUCACUCACGAGAUGCGUGGGGUGAGGGCGAAUAUGAAGCUGCCUAUGCUGCUGCCAGUUCUUCGCCGUAUGUUAUACUUCCGCAAAUCCGUCUAGAGCCGAUCUUGCAGCGCCGCGCACUGGAACUCAAUCCGAAUGGUGUGAAGUAUGGCAGUGAAGUCCUAAGUUUGGACGAAAAAGAUGAUCACGUUGUCUUGAAUGUUCGGGGUGCGGAUGGGGUUGCAUAUGAUGUUGAAACGAGAUAUGUCCUAGGUGCGGAUGGAGGAAGAAUGGUGACAGAUUGGCUUGGAAUCCAAUGGGAAGGCGAGAGGGAGAUAUUUGACAUGGUUUCAGCACAUUUCCGGGCACCUAUUUUGAAGCACCAUCCAGACCCUAGGGUUUUCAUCAGCUGGUUCAUAAAUCCGGCAACGGGAGGUAGUAUCAAAUCUGGUUAUUUAUAUCAUCUGGGGCCUUAUCCUUCGAAUCCAGAAACUGAGGAGUGGUGCUUUGGAUGUGCGAUGCUUCCAGAGGAUCCCGAACGAUUCGAUACCCAGUUGACGGUGGAAAGAAUUCGCCGAACGCUAAACAUUGAUGACCUUGACAUCGAUCUGCAGAGUGUCAGUCAUUGGUUUGUGACUAGCAUUGUCGCGGAGCGAUUUAGAACAAAGGCUGGGAAUGUCUUUCUAGUUGGUGACGCCGCCCACCGCAUCCCACCAUGGGGAGCACUUGGUCUCAAUACAGGCAUUCAAGAAGCCUUUAAUCUAAUAUGGAAAUUAGCUUUCGUGCUGAGAGGCCAUAUAAAGUCACCCGAUACUCUGCUCAGCACAUAUGACCAAGAGCGUCGCCCCAUUGCCCAACGCGUGGCGAAAUCUAGUCUCCACAAUUUGAAAAGUCAUGGUGGGGUUAUGGACCGGGCUGUCGGUCUCUCUAUAGACAAGACUUGCGAGGAAAACCAAAAGGCCAUUGAUGUCUGCCUCGAUCCCACUCAUGCGGAUUAUCCCCGAGUCAGGGCGGAGAUCGAAAACGCUCAACGGGUGCUGGACAGCGAAUUCAGUGCACAUGGCACAGAGAUGGGGUGGUUUUAUCCUUCGGCAGAUAUUGAUUCCGAAGGAGGACGAACAGGUUAUGAUAAACAAAUCAAAGCAGAUGAAACUCUCAAUGAUCUUGUUUACCAACCUUCCACUAUUCCUGGACACCACCUUCCUCAUGCCUGGCUUCAACGUGGGAGCACAAUUUCAUCCACCAGAGAUCUCCUCCAGCAUCAUGAAUUUGUCUUGCUUACUGAGACCACCGACAAGUGGGAUUGGGUUGCACAGCAAUCCUGCCUUGUCAAGAUCGAGAUCAUCGAUGGCAACAAAGGGUGGACUGACCGUGAUAGAACUUGGCGGGAACUAUGCGGCGUAGAGAAAAAGGGAGCUGUCCUGGUUCGCCCAGAUGGAAUAGUCGCGUGGCGUGGCGAAGAACAUGAUGCCAAGCUUUCAUCGUACCUUGAUCGCUUCAUUAAUGCAGAUAGUGUAUAA